AAGGGAGUUUUUCUGUCCAGGAAAAGCAAAGCUGGGAGGAGCAGAAGAGGAGAAAUGAUCGUGAUAUCAGUCUGUCCUGAUAAAAGAAGAAACACAAUCACUCCUGAAUCACAGCAUCUACAGAAAUGGAGAGAAUCACAUGUAUGUCUCUUCUGCUCACAGCUGUGGUCAGUUCUUCUGCACGAGCUCCGCGUCAGUAUCACUUUGUGAAUCAGAUCCUGAGCUGGACUGAAGCUCAGAGUUACUGCAGAGAGAAAUACACAGAUCUGGUCACUAUCAGUGACAUACAAGAACAGAAUGACAUUGAACAGGCCAUAAAGAGAGUGAACAGCAAUGCUGACCGUGUCUGGAUUGGACUGAGGAGCACAGACUCAUGGAUAUGGUCUCUGAGUGACCCUGCCUUCUACAGAGAACAUGAGUCUCAGUACAGGAACUGGGGAAGAGAACAACCAAAUGGAGAUGGAGACUGUAUUUACAUGGAUUGUGUGAAUGAUCAUAAAGGACAGUGGCAUGAUGUAGACUGUAGUAAAGAAAUGUAUUUCAUCUGCUAUAAUGGAUUCAUCUCUGUACAAGAGAAAAAGAACUGGACUGAAGCUCAGAAAUACUGCAGAGAGAGUCACACAGAUCUGGCCAGCGUGAGGAAUCAGAGCGAGAAUGAACAGAUUCAGAACAUGUUAACAGAUAAUCAAGUCUGGAUCGGUCUGCACAGACUCUGGGUUUGGUCAGAUAACAGCAGCUCCACAUUCACACACUGGAAACCUGGCUUUAACAAUAUCAGAAAUAACAGAAACAGCGUCUGCACAUCUGUUGGUAUCAGUGAUGAAGGACGAUGGACAGAUGAGGAGUGUUCAGAAAAGCAUCCCUUUGUGUGUUAUGAUGAUAAUCUGGUUCUGGUCCGAGAGAAUAAGACGUGGACUGAAGCUCUGAGACGCUGCAGAAGCAGAUACAUGGACCUGGUGUCGGUGGAUUCGGAGCAGAUGCAGCAGCGGGUGAAGAUCUUGUUGAUGAAAGCAAGUGCCUCCUCCGCUCACGUGUGGCUGGGUCUGCGUCACUCCUGCACAAUGGGGAUCUGGUACUGGAUCAACGGUCAGACCGUGUGCUACGAUCAGUGGGCUUCUGAUUAUGACAUCGGACUGGACGAAUGUGAUCAGACGGUGAGAUCCGGAGCCAUUCGGACCCGUGAUAAUCACUGGAUCAGCCUUCCUGAAACUGAAGAAAUCAACUUCAUCUGCAUCAAGUACAUGUGAUCCAGAUUACACAAUCAGAUUACUAAUAUUCAUACAUAUAAAAUACGGUAUACAUAUGAAAUGCCAAUAAUACAAUUACUGGUUACUUUUAAUUGAUGACAAAUUAACAAAAUGAAACUAAAUUGUUCAAGUAAUCAGAAAGUACUCAGAAUACAUUACUUAAAAUUUGUAUUUGUAUCUAGUUUUCGUAAUGCAAUUUGUAACCAGUAACAAAUAUAAUAUAAUAUAAUAUAAUAUAAUAUAAUAUAAUAUAAUAUAAUAUAACAUAAUAUAAUAUACCCUCUGUGUGUCAGUCAAAUAACAGAUUAUGAAGAUUCAUUCAAGCCAUUUGGACUCAAUUCAAGUAAAAUCAAUUCAAUUCCAGUUAAUCUGUAAAGCCGUUUUUCAUUAUAUCUGUUACUUCAAAGCAGCUUCACAGAAAAUGUACAUUUCAUUGUUAGAUUUGGGAAGUGUUCUGUUCUCAGACCCAAAUGAUCUCCAUUUAAAGUCUUUUCAUGUCUAUUUGAACUUCUCUCAUGUUUAAAUUUGUUUAAGGUCAGUUACUGAAUAUGAUUCAGUUUCAUGACUCAUGAGGAGAUGGGGACAAACAUUUAUGUGGGUUUCGUUUUUUCAGUUUGCUUUAUUAUUGUGUUUUAUUGCGUAAUAUUUAGUACUAAGCACUUACAUUUACUUUUCUGGAACUGAUAUGUUCCGCAAACUCCAUCUAAAAGAAAUAUUUUCUGUAUUUUAUCCUCUGUUUUAGCUAGUUUCCUAAAUGGACAAUAUAUGGAAGAUGCUUUUAUGUAUUUGUCAUGUUUAUUUUUGUUUUCAUGGACUUUUAGUUUGCAUCUCAUUGUUUCCUUGGUUGUCAUGGUUUCUAAGUAUGUGCUCAUUUGUAACCAUAGUUACUGAUUAUGUUGCUCACCUGUGUCUUAUUUCUUUCUUUCAUGAUGUGUAUUUAUACUCCUCACACUCUGCAUUAUUGACUGUUAACAUUGUUGGCUCAAUAACAAAUUGUGUGUGAUGUUGUUUUGUGUAAAAUUAUCUACAAUGAAUAUAUGUAAGAAUAAACAUAUAAACGUAAUUAUAUUA